AGAUACAGCAUUUUAGUAUCGAUACGUUUGACAACCCUGAAGUUUUGAAACGCUUUACCCCGAGAUUCAUCAUAUUUUGCCUUUCAGUACAUUUUUUGUGCGAAUAGUUUUAAUUUGAAAAUGCAACCGGAUACGGUCACUUUGACUGGCUCGGUUAACUUGACACAAACUGCCUUUAGCUGGUUGAUUUCGGCUGCAAAAUAGGAAGUGGCAAAGUGAACUCGCGAGUCAUUUAAUCGUAACAUAUCCCUGCGUCGCCCAAAGUGCACACUGGGCCAUUGUCUUGCUUAACAUUGAAAUUAUUCAGAAAAUUCGCAAAUAUCAUUGGCACACUUGCACGAUUUCUCAAUUAUUUCGUCAAGUUGUCGCACGGCCAUCCCUGGAAGCAUGUCUUCGUAUGAUAAACCGACGCGGCCACCGAAAACGAUGCCUUCAUCCGUCUCGAAAAGCUAGUGAGUUAGCCACUGCAACGUUAGCCUUCGCUAAACUGGCCGCGUCAUGACAUUUGAUACAGCAACACAAAAAGCUAACUAGCGUUGCACAUGUUUCCAGGGUUGGGACCAGUGGCGAAUGUCAGCCACAAGGAGUGGUUUUAGAGAAUGAACGGGUAAUGCAAUCGCACGAUAAUGUAGAAGAGUUGCACGUAGCAUGCGUUAUUUAUCACAUGCUUAGUAGUCCAGAACGCGUAAAAGUCAAGAUAGGUUCAAGUCGGUAAAUGUUUUCCAUUUUUGGGGGAGUGAAUGUCAGUGUGUUGGUCUAGAAAUCGCGAAUUAAAGCGAGAAGACCAUGACGAACCCCCCCUUUGCUGUUGCGUUAGCCAGCAACACCUUAGCUAACGCUAGCUACAGUUUUUAACUAGCUCUGUAACUUAGCGUUGGCUUAUUAGUGGAAUUAAUCCGAGACUAACAGAAUUGAAGGACACAUCCGAGGCAACCCAACAUGGCUUCAGAGGAGGCGUCACUGCGUGCUCUGGAGAGCCUAAUGACGGAGUUCUUUCACAGCUGCACAACCAAUGAACGAAAACGGGAAAUAGAAGAGUUGCUGAAUAACUUUGCGCAGCAGACUGGAGCGUGGCGCCAUUGCUUGUUCUUCCUCUCCAAUACCCGGAAUGAGUAUGUCAUGAUGUACAGUCUCACAGUAUUUGAAAACCUAGUGAACAAGAUGUGGAUCGGUGUUGCAUCACAAGACAAAAUGGAGAUUCGCAGCUGUUUGCCCAAACUCUUACUUGAACACCACAAAUCUGUGCCCUAUUUCAUCCGUAAUAAACUCUGCAAAGUCAUUGUGGACAUUGGGCGCCAGGACUGGCCAAUGUUCUACCAUGAUUUCUUUACAAACACACUCCAGUUGAUCCAGUCCCCAGCUCUGGCACAGUUAGGAUUGGUAAUGCUGAAAACCACAUCUGAGGAACUCGCGUGUCCUCGUGAAGACUUGAGUGUUGCUAGGAAAGACGAACUGCGUAAACUGCUGCAGGACCAGGUACCGACAAUGCUUGGACUCUUGACAGGAAUCCUGGAAACAUACUGGGACAAGCACAGCAUCUUCGCAUCCACCCCACCACCCUCACCCACAUCAGGAGAAAGUGUGGAACUUCUGGGCACGCUUUUCCAGGGCAGUCAGUACUCAAAGCUUCUCUGCCAGCCCAUGGCAGCAUUAGACAACGAGAGUCAGCAACUCUGUUGUCUUGUACUGGAAUGCUUGGCCCACCUGUUCAGCUGGAUUCCGUUGUCCACUAGCAUCACACCCACUCUGCUGGCAUCCAUCUUUCACUUUGCACGAUUUGGCUGUGAUCUUUGCACAAAGGCCAAAUCUGGAUCUUUCAUCUCCUCCAUGUCAUCAUCUUCCAAUGGACACCUCAAUGCCGGGACAAUGCCACCUACAUCAAAUGGUGGAGGACGACAGACUGAGUGCAGCAAAGUUGAUCGUUCCCGACUCGGUGUACUCGCCAUGACAUGUGUCAACGAACUGGUGUCAAAGAACUGUGUGCCGAUGGAUUUUGAGGAGUACCUGUUGAGAAUGUUCCAGCAGACCUUCUUUCUUCUGCAGAGGCUCACUCGCGAGAAUAAUGCUCAUACAGUCAAGAGUCGGCUCCAGGAACUUGACGAGAGUUACUUGGAAAAGUUCACAGAUUUCCUACGCCUGUUUGUCAGUGUUCACUUGAGGCGGAUUGAAUCCAGUCCUCAGUUUCCAAUCGUAGAGUUUCUUGCGCUGCUUUUCAAGUACACCUUUAACCAGCCUACCCACGAGGGCUACUUUGCAUGUUUGGAUAUAUGGAGCGUGUUUUUGGAUUUUCUUACAACCAAAAUCAAAAGCAGACUAGCUGACAGAGAAAUUGUUCUCAACAGAUACAAAGAUGCUUUAGUCCUUUUGCUAAGAGAAGUUCUGAAUCGAGUGCAGUUUCGAUACAAUCAGGUUCAAUUGGAAGAACUGGAUGAUGAAACGCUGGAUGAUGAUCAACAGACUGAAUGGCAAAAGUACCUACGUCAGAGUCUGGAGGUUGUUGCCAAGGUGAUGGAGUUGCUCCCUUCACAUGCAUUCUCUACUUUGUUUCCCAUUCUUCAAGAAAACCUGGAUGUGUACUUGGGUCUGCAGCAGUUCAUUGUCACCACUGGCACAAGUCGUAGGCUAAAUAUUACAGCUGAGAAUGAUUGUCGCCGGCUUCAUUGCUCUCUCAGAGACCUCAGCUCCCUUCUACAAGCUGUCGGGCGCUUGGCUGAACAUUUCAUUGGAGAGAUUUUUGCCUCACGUUUUAAUGAUGCCCUUGCAGUUGUUGAGAGGCUCGUAGAAAUGACUGUCUAUGGUUCUCGGACUAGCUUGUAUGACCUGGAAACCGCAGUGCCUUCUGUACUCAAACCAGACCUUAUUGAUGUACAUGCACAGGCCCUUGCAGCUUUGCAAGCCUACUCUCAUUGGCUUGCACAGUUCUACAGUGAGGUCCACAAUCAAAACCAGAGCCAGUUUGUCAAUCUCAUAACAUCUGCAGUUGAUGCCAGUAGCCCCCUUAUCACUGCAAAGGUACCAGAAAAGUUACUGCUGUGUGCGUGCCACCUGAUGGUUUCAAUCACCUUCACCGUGCGACCUGUGUUUAUGGUCACUUUGCCUGCUGUUCAGAACAUCUUCAACCUCGUUACUCAGAAUGUAACUCGCAGGCUCCCCCUCGAGGCUCACUUGCUUGUAUGUCGGACUUUAUCCAACAUGCUACUGCUCCCAUGGCCAAAUUUACCAGAGAGCGAGCAGCAAUGGCAGACACGGUCCAGCAACCACGCCAGCAUGCUGGUGGCCCUCACUCGGGAAUAUCGUAUGUUAAGAGGCACAGUGAACAUAUCUCCCCGACGACCGGAAAUGCAUGAUUUGAAAGCAGUGAUUCAGCAGACCUUACCUGUCCUCAGAGACAUCGUGGAGAGCAUAUCUGGAGAGUCCACUAAAUCACGUCAGAUCUGUUAUCAGAGUUUGCAGGAGUCAGUCCAAGUGUCCCUCACCCUUUUUCCUAUCUUUAUUCAGCAGCCAGAUGUCACGGAUGAGAUGUUGGCCUUCUUCUUAACGUUGUUUCAGGCGCUGCGAGUACAGAUGGGUGUUGCCUUCACUGGACAGAUCCUCCACACAUUCCUCAGCUUGUUCACCAGGGAACAGCUGGCAGCCAGUAUUUUGCAGGAGGGCAGCGCAGGAUGCCGAGUGGUACAAAAGUUCUUGAAAAUUCUGCAGGUGGUGGUACAAGAACCUGGUCAGGCCUUUAAACCGUUUCUACCCAGCAUUCUCUCCCUUUGCAUGGAGCAAGUUUACCCUGUUGUGGCAGAGCGGUCUUCCCCUGAUGUCAAAGCAGAAAUGUUUGAGCUGCUAUACCAAAUACUUCACCAAAACUGGAGGUACUUCUUUAAAACUUCUAUUCUAACAAGUGUCCAAAGAGGAGCCCCUGAAGACGCCAUGGAGAACGAGACCCAGUUCAUAGCUGCCAUGCAAGCUUUUGGUCAGUCUUUCCUGCAGCCUGACAUCCACAUCUUCAAGCAAAAUCUCUCCUAUUUAGAAUCCCUCAACAGCAAGCACAAGUUGUAUCACAGAAAGCUUUUCCGGACCUCGAUGCUGUUCCACUUCAUCAACGUCCUGCUGCAGGUCCUCCUCCACAAGAGUCACGACCUUCUCCAGGAAGAAAUAACCUUGGCCAUUUACAACAUGGCCUCUGUGGACUUUGAUGCCUUUUACUCAGCCUUCAUGCCAGAGUUCCUCAACAGCUGCCAGGGUGUGGACACCAACCAGCGAGCCGUCCUCGCACGCAACUUUAAGAUAGAGCGGGACUUGCCUUCCUUCACUCAAAGCGUUCAACGGCUGGUGAACGACCUUCGCUACUACAGGCUGUGCAACAGCAGCUUACCCACUGGCACCAUCAAGCUAUAGCGCGACUGAACCACUGCACCAAGGACAUACAAGGACUGCCUGUGUUGACCACUUUGCCCAACACUCCAAACUGUUUUGGCUUAAGUCUCCAAAGUUUUAGGAAGGUUGAGGAUGCUGCUGUUUUAUUGAUUCCUACUGUAAACAUUUGACGCGUAUUGGUUAAAGAAGCGCCCACCGCAUGCCGCCAAUAAUUAAUUGGCAAGAAAUGUUAACCUGGUCUGGAGUGGGGUCGUUUUUCCCCCAGACCUGGACCAGUCUGAGCCAGGCCUUCUUUUCCUCGUAUCGGCCGCAAAGUCGAGCUAGGACUGAGCACUUUUAACUCAUUUUGAGUUUUUGAAAUGUCUGCUUUUGUUAAUUUUUGCAUUGUUUUUUUUUUUUUCAUCUCCAAAGGAGACUGACUUUCAACUUAAAAUCUUUCACAUCAUUCCAUUCUGAAAGAGAAAACUUGAUUGAAUUAAUAAAAUGCUUUUUUAUAUA